GCCAGUCACAGCCCGUGGUUCUAGUCUGCGAGAGAGGCUUCCGUGGCCUUCUGGGGGAUGCUAGCGACGCGCCCUCCCCUCCCCUGAUUGGCCCGGCCACCGCGGCCCACCUUCCCCCACCUGCCGUUGCCACUGUGUCACUCCUACUGCCUGCGCCCGCGCCUACCGCCUCCCAACCCAGCCGCUACUUAAGCCGCUCUCCUCUGCCUGUUCCCCUUCCUCUUCCUUUCCCAUCACUUACACCACCCUCACCACUCACCACUCACCACCCCGAAGCACCACUUCCCUUCGGCGAUCUGUCCAUCAUCUCAGCAACUUACUGCUUCAUCUGCUUCAUCCUUCACUCCCGCCGCCAUGCAAAUCUUCGUGAAGACACUUACUGGCAAGACCAUCACGCUUGAGGUCGAGUCCAGCGACACGAUCGACAAUGUCAAAUCCAAGAUCCAGGACAAGGAGGGCAUCCCCCCGGACCAGCAGCGCCUGAUCUUCGCCGGCAAGCAACUCGAAGACGGCCGCACCCUGUCCGACUACAACAUCCAGAAGGAGUCGACCCUGCACCUGGUCCUCCGUCUCCGUGGCGGCAUGCAAAUCUUCGUAAAGACACUUACUGGCAAGACGAUCACGCUGGAGGUUGAAUCGAGCGACACGAUCGACAACGUCAAGAGCAAGAUCCAGGACAAGGAAGGGAUCCCGCCCGACCAGCAGCGCCUGAUCUUUGCGGGCAAGCAGCUGGAGGACGGCCGCACGCUCUCGGACUACAACAUCCAGAAGGAAUCGACGCUCCAUCUCGUGCUCCGGCUCCGCGGCGGUAUGCAAAUCUUCGUAAAGACACUUACUGGCAAGACGAUUACGCUGGAGGUGGAGAGCUCAGACACGAUCGACAACGUCAAGUCGAAGAUCCAGGACAAGGAGGGCAUUCCUCCGGACCAGCAGCGGCUGAUUUUCGCGGGCAAGCAGUUGGAGGACGGGCGGACUCUCAGCGACUACAACAUCCAGAAGGAGAGCACGUUGCACUUGGUGCUGAGACUGCGUGGCGGCCAGUAG